AUGAGAGUAGUGGUGUGGAACUGCCAAGGGGUGGGGAGUCCCUUGACAGUUCCCCAGCUGAGGGAGGUUAAUCACCUAUCCUCUCCAAACAUUUAUUUUCUAAGUGAAACUAAGAACAGGAAGACGGUCAUAGAUAGAAUAGCUAGAAGGUUAAGGCUAGACAACAAUGUGACCGUGGAAGCUAUGAAUAGAACAGGGGGGAUGGCCUUACUUUGGACUAAGGAUACACAAAUUGUAGAGGUGGUCACUACUGCUUUUACUAUAGAAGCUAAGAUUGAAGGUAAUGAAUCUCAGGCGGCAUGGUGGUUCAUUGGAGUGUAUGCUAGUUGUGAUAAAUGGAUCAGGAAGGAACAAUGGAGAGUGCUUACGGAUAGAAAUAGGUUGUGGGGAUCUAAAUACCUGAUCUCUGGGGAUUUUAAUGACAUUUUGUCCAAUGAAGAAAAACUAGUUGAUAUUGGUUUUGAAGGCCACCCUUGGACAUGGAGCAAUCACUGGGACAAUGAAGGGGAGAUUCGUCAAAGGCUAGAUAGAGUUUUGGGUAGUAUGGAUUGGUUUCAAGAUUUUGAGAGUGCUAAGUGUCACCACAUUGAGACUCUAGCGUCUGACCACUCGUUGCUUUUGUUAGGCACCAAUCCAGGGAUAGAAAGGAAAAAAAAGAGGUUUUACUUUGACAAGAGAUGGCUCCAAAAAGAGGGGAUCCAGCAAGUAGUGGAGCAAGCCUGGGGUAGGGAUGAACAGGGCUCAAAAUUGUUCAAAGUGACGAGAAAGAUUAGGAAUUGCAAAAUUGAACUCUUGAAGUGGAGAAAUAAUGCCCAGACUAACUCUAGGAGUAAGAUUGACGGCCUUAAGCAGGAUCUUGAGAAGACUAGGAAUGCUGGUUUAGCUAACAAAAAAGAGAAAUGCCAGGAUCUCAAAAGACAGCUGGCUAAUGCUUACAAGGAGGAAGAAGCUUUCUGGAGCCAGAAGUCCAGAAUCAGCUGGCUGAGAGCAGGGGAUAAAAAUACUAGAUAUUUUCACUCUUUUGUCAAGGGGAGGUGUGUGAGUAAUAGAUUGAACAGGUUACAAAGAGAUGAUGGAUCUUGGACUGCGAAUGAAGAGGAGGUAGUGACUGAACUUUCUGAGUACUUUAAGGACCUGUUUACGAGUGGUGGGAAGGAUGAAAUGACAGAAAUCUUAGAGGGAAUUCCACACUAUAUUACUCAGGAGAUGAAUGAUAAGUUAACCAAGGAAGUUAUGGAGGAAGAAAUUCAUGAUGCUUUGUUCUCUAUGAAUCCAGAAAAAGCCCCUGGACAAGAUGGAAUGACUCCUUUCAAAACUCAAUCUGCUUUCAUCCCAGAAAGACAGAUUCUAGAUAAUGUGAUCAUUGCUCAUGAGUACAUGCAUUUUCUUAAAAAUAAAAGACAAGGGAAAGAGGGAUACAUGGCUAUCAAAUUGGACAUGGCAAAGGCUUAUGAUAGGGUGGAGUGGCAAUGCUUGUUGAAAAUGAUGGAAAAGAUGGGUUUCUGCUCUAAAUGGAUUAACUGGAUUCAUAACUGUUUGAAGACAGUGAGUUACUCUUUCAACUGUAAUGGUGAGGUUAAAGGUUUUGUGACACCAGAAAGAGGGAUAAGGCAGGGAGACCCUUUGUCUCCAUAUCUGUUUCUAAUAUGUUCAGAGGGCUUCUCCAAUUUGCUAAGAAGGGCUGAGGAAAGCAAAAGGAUCCAGGGACUCAAAAUUAGCAGACUUGGUCCAGUGCUAACACAUCUGUUCUUUGCGGAUGACUCUAUCAUAUUUUGUAAGGCUAAUAAGAAUGAGGCUGUGGAAAUUAUGAAGGUGCUGAAAAACAUAUGA